AUGGCAGCUUCCGGCACCGUGUCCAGCGCUUCGUGGCGCAGAGGGCUCAUGAGGGAAUCUAUUGCUUCCUUCUUCAACAACAGGGAAGAUCCAGAAAAGAAUGACCAGGCCGUCGUUAGUGAAUCCGCCCGCAACGAGUCGACCGCAACCUCGAGCAGUGGUGGUGUCCUGGAUGGUAGUACACCUACACCAGAGCACGAGAAGAAUGCUACAACCGAGGAGGACCCUAUGGCCAACAAGCACGUUGAGAAUGGAGUCGAAUACAAAUCCAUGGCUUGGUGGCAAGCCGGAAUGGUCAUGGUCGCCGAGACCAUUUCCCUCGGUAUCCUCGCGCUCCCGUACGCCAUGUCCAAGAUUGGGAUCAUUCCAGGAUUGAUCCUUCUCCUCGCUCUCGGUGCUAUGGCCUCCUACUCCGGCUAUGUCAUUGGUCAAUUCAAGCAGCGAUUCCGUCAUAUUCAUUCCAUGGCCGGCGCUGGCGAGGUUCUCUUCGGCAGAUGGGGAGGCGAGAUUCUCGGAUGGGGUCAAUUCUUGUUCUACGUUUUCAUCAUGGGUAGUCACAUCCUGACCUUCUCCAUCAUGAUGAACGCUAUCACCGAUCACGGAUCUUGCACCAUCGUCUGGAUGGUUGUCGGUACAAUCCUCAGUCUGGCCUGUACUCUGCCGCGGACACUCAAAAACCUCUCCUACUACUCUGUGGCCAGCUUUCUCAGUAUCAUUGGUGCCGUCAUGAUUACCAUGAUCGGAGUCAGCAUCACCAAGCCUGGCUUUACCAGUGGUCAUAUGAAUGUCAGACUGUGGCCGCAACCCGGUCUCUCAUUUCAAGAUGGAUUCCAAGCAGUCAACACCAUGGUCUUUGCAUAUGCCGGACAUGUCGCCUUUUUCACCUUCAUUUCCGAGUUGAGGAAUCCUGACGACUUCCCCAAAGCGCUAGCUUUCUUGCAAUGCAGCGACAUCAGCAUGUACAUCGUUACUGCGAUCGUUGUGUACCUGUAUGCUGGCGAGAACGUCAAAAGUCCCGCUUUGGACAGCGCUAGCACGGUCGUCAAAAAAGUCGCAUACGGCAUUGCCAUUCCAACGAUUGUAAUUGCCGGUGUAGUCAAUGGUCACGUUGGUGUCAAAUACGUGUAUGUGCGGAUGCUUCAACACAACAAGGAUGAUUUGAUGCAUCGACCAUUGCGACCAUUGAGGCACAGAACAGAAGGGGUGCCCACUGGAUGGAAUUGGCUUGGUAUCAAAUCCUACGGUAUCUGGGUGAUCAUUUGCACCCUAUCAUGGAUUGCUGCCUGGAUAAUCGCAGAGUCCGUUCCGGUCUUUGGUGAUUUGGUGGGACUUACCAGUGCUCUUUUCGCAAGUUGGUUCACAUUCGGCCUCAGUGGUAUGUUUUGGAUGCGCUUGAACCUCGUACAGGAGGAGGGUUCAAGGCUGAAGAUGAUUCCCUUCCGCUUCUGGACCUGGCGAACAACAUUCUUAUUCUUGGUCAACACACUCAACAUCCUUGUGGCAGCGAUCUUGUGCUUUGUCGGCAUCUACUCCAGCAUAUCAAGCAUGAUCAAGAACGGAGCCGCAAAGAAGCCGUGGGGGUGUUCGGCUUAA